AUGGCGGUUCCCGCCGAAAGCUUUUUCGGCACAAAGAGCAGGGCCCAGCAGACACUCCCAAUCCACAAACUCUCCCGGAACAAAGAUAUUCAAAAAGCGAGCGCAGCGAGCUCUCUUCGUCUCCAGUACUUACCAUCCAGUGACGAUUACAAAAGCAGCUUCUUCGGAAAGGAGCAGACGGAAAAGAAGCCGCUCGGAACCUCAGGACGGGCAGCGCGAAAGCUCGCCGAGAUCCGAACUCCGAGAGCCAGACACGGCAGCUCGGCAGCUCGGCAGCUGGGCAGCUCAGCAGCUCGGCAGCCCAGCUGCAAAGCAGCUCAGCGACCCCAGGUCCGGAGCUGCAAAACGAGCCGGAGCAGGAAGCGCUACGUCACGGCGCGGGCGGGAAGCGGCUGUGGCCGACAGCGCCCACCCAGCGCCUCCAUAGCACACUUUAGGGCCUCAGACCCAUAUCUGGGUCCCAGUGGCUCCACCUCCUACUUUAUCGCGGCCUCGUCCAACGGGGCUCAGAGUCCUUAUGAACCUGCCUAUGAUGGUGAACCACAGCCACGGAAACACCGCGAGGACACGGCACGGGGCGAUGGAGCCCGACGGCGCCGUCCUCAACGCGGCCCCGUACAUUAUGCAGCUCUGUUAUCUGGUCACCCAGGUGGACACAGACUGGGGCGCAACGCCUGGUUUACCACGCGCUGCAGCCUAGCUAGUCCCGGCUCUUUCAACCUGGGGAUAUGCACGGGCGAGGUGCGCGCAGCGUUGCUGCGGGCGACAAAGACGCGACACGCCGCCGUUUGCUGGCUCAGAACAGCAGAGAAACGGUAUCCUUGUUACUGGACUGGGAGAAAGCUACGAGGCGAGAGCAGUGGCGAUUCUGCGAAGCUGCCUGGCUGCAGCGGGCUGGCCCUGCUGUGCCUUUUGGGGGAGCUGCUGUUGGGAGCCAGGGCUGGGAAGAUCCACAACUCGGUGCCAGAAGAGACAGACAAAGGUUCUUUCGUGGGCCACAUCGCCAAGGACCUGGGGCUACAACCCCAGGAGCUGACGGAGCACAUCGUUUUCAGAGGUAAGACGCAGGUUUUUGCUCCGAACCCGAGAAGCAGCAGCUUGGUCACCACGGGGAGGAUAGACCAAGAAGAACUCUACGCUCAGAGCGCGUGGUGUAUGGUGAAUUUUAACAUCUUUUUUUUUUUUUUACUAGAGGAUAAAAUGGAGCUUUUUCCUGUCAAAGUGGAAAUAAUUGAUAUCAAUGGCAACACUCCCCAAUUCCAGUUGGAGGAACUGGAAGUUAAAAUGAAUGAAAUAACCACUGUAGGUACCAGGAUCCCUCUGCCAUUUGGGCAAGACCUUGAUGUGGGAAUGAACUCACUCCAGAGCUACCAGCUCAGCCCCAACCCACAGUUCUCCCUGGAUGUGCAACAGGGAGCUGAUGGGCCCCAACACCCAGAGAUGGUGCUGCAGAGUUGCCUAGAUAGGGAAGAAGAAACUGUCCACCACCUCCUGCUCACCCCCUCAGAUGGGGGUGACCCAGUCCGCUCUGGCACCCUUCGCAUACAUGUUCAGGUAGUGGAUGUGAACGACAAUCCUCCAGCAUUUACUCGGGCACAAUACCACAUAAGUGUCCCUGAGAAUGUGACACUGGGUACUCGACUGCUCGUGGCAAAUGCCACAGACCCAGAUGAGGGAGCCAAUGGGGAAGUAACAUACUCAUUUCACAAUAUAGACCACAAAGUGGCCAAAAUAUUUCAGUUGGAUUCUUACAGUGGAGAAAUAUUAAAUAAAGAACCAUUGGAUUUUGAAGAAUACAAAAUAUAUCCAGUGAAAAUUCAAGCUCAGGAUGGUGCUGGGCUAAUGGCCAGAGCUAAAGUGCUGGUCAAAGUUUUGGAUGUGAAUGAUAAUGCUCCAGAGGUGACCAUCACCUCUGUCACCACUGCAAUUCUGGAAAACUUUCCUCCUGGAACCAUAAUUGCACUUAUCAAUGUGCAUGACCAGGACUCUGGAGACAAUGGUCACACCACACAUUCUAUUUCUGGAAAUCUGCCCUUUCAGUUAGAAAAAUUAGUUGACAAUUAUUACCGUUUAGUGACAGAAAGAACACUGGACAGAGAAUUCACCUCUGGGUACAACAUCACAGUGACAGCAGCAGAUGAGGGAACUCCAUCUCUAUCUUCUGAAACUCACAUUUCACUGCUAGUGACAGACAUCAACCACAACCCUACAGCCUUCCCUCAGGAAUCCUACAGUGCCUGUAUUCCCGAAAACAACCUCAGAGGUGCCUCCAUCUUUUUCGUGACCGCCCAAGACCCUGACAGUAACGAAAAUGCUCAAGUCACCUAGUUCCUGGCUGAGGGCACCAUCCAGGGGGUGCCUCUGUCCUCCUACUUCUCCAUCAGUGCCAACAUAGGAGUCCUAUACACGCUGUGCUCCUUUGACUUUGAGCAGUUCCGCGACCUGCAGUUGUGGGUGACAGCAAGGAACAGUGGGGACCCACCGCUCAGCAGCAAUGUAUCACUGAGCCUGUUGGUGCUGGACCAGAACGACAAUGCACCUGAGAUCCUGUACCCCACCCUCCCCACUGAUGGUUCCACCAGCGUGGAGCUGACACCCCGCUCAGCAGAGCCUGGCUACCUGGUGACCGAAGUGGUGGCAGAGGACAGAGACUCAGGACAGAACACCUGGCUGUCCUACCGUCUGCUCAAGGCCAGUGAGCCAGGGCUCUUUGAGGUGGGGGUGCCCAUGGGUGAGGUGCACACUGCGAGGGCCCUGCAGGACAGAGACAUGCUCAAGCAGAGCCUGGUGGUGGCCGUCCAGGACCACGGCCAGCCUCCUCCCUCAGCCAUCGUCACAUUCACCACGGCUGUGGCUGAUAGCAUCCCCGAUAUCCUGGCUGAUCUGGGCAGCAUCAACACCCCUGCUGACCUGGAUGAUUCAAGCCUCACAGUGUACCUGGUAGUGGCAGUGGCCUCAGUCACUUGCGUCUUUCUUGCUUUUGUCAUUGUGCUGAUGGCACUCAGGCUUAGGCUGCACACGUCAUGUCUGCUCCAAGCUAGGAGCAGAAUAUUGGUGGAUAUGCCUGCCUCUCACUUUGUGAGUGUGGACGGGGUGCAGGUUUUCCUGCAGACCUACUCCCACGAGGUCUUCUUCACAGCAGACACCCAAAAGAGCCAUCUGAUCUUCCUCCAGCCCAACUACAUAGACACGCUCAUUAGCCAGGAGAGCUGUGAGAAAAAGGAUUUUGUAUCUACACCUCAGCCUUUAAUUGAAGACAGAAAGGAGACAUUUCCUCAGGUAAACUUUGUAGUGAAUUUAUAUGCUAUCUCCAUAAAAAAUAAUUUCUGAUUUUACUUGUUUUCACUCUUUACUACAGUUUUUCUAUUUCUCAUACAUAUCUGUUGAUUCCUACUACAAGUCCUGGAAAAUCAUUAUUAAGCCCGUCUGUGUGUUUAUAUCUAGACAUAUUUAUAACUGUUUUCACAUUAAAAAGGUGAUGGUAGACAUAAUGUAGUUGAUUAGGGUGACGGUGCUAUCUCCAUUGUGGUAGGAGCACUGCGUUAGCAACAGGAGAUGAGCUUCUAAUACUUUCUUGCAUACCUCUGGCCAAAUCAUGUUAUCACUCUGUUUUUAGCCUCCUCUUAUCUGCAAACGAUAGGGUUUGACUAGAACUUUUCCCACAUUCCUUCCUGCUGUAAAAUUGAUCCUUAUAAAUUUCAUUAAGUCUUUUUCAUUUUUGGGUUCUUUAAAAUGAAUCAGUUAAGUCAUCCUUUGUCGCUAAAACUUAACAUGUUUCCUGAGUUUAUAUGUGAAACAGGAAAUGGGUUAAGAGUUACAUUUUUAUAUGUCCCUUCCUAUUAGCACUUCAAAAAUGUAGUAUUAAGAAUCUAUAUUGGUCAGAUUAUUUCAGGAAGAUGCUUACAGUGUAACUCUGCUUGUGUUAGGAUUGCAUACCAGUCUUCUAAAGAAGCCGUUGUUCCCUGAAGAAAUUAAUAUAUUCAUUAAAGAAUUAUAGAUACAGUGCUUUAAGUGGACAAGUUAGAAGGCACUUCUUAAUCUUUAUAUCAAGAUUAUAGUCAAUGAUGGUUUUAUAACUUUUUACAUUCUGAGAAAUUGUAAGGAAAUUUAAGUUAUUCUGACAUACAUUUAAGAAUAAAAAGGCCCAACAAUAUUUAUGUGACUAAUAGUUUUCAAAUUUUCUUAAGUUACUAUAAGCUGCUAAUUUAUCCUUGAAUUUAAUGUAGAUGUCAUCUGUUAGGAUGCUAUGAUAAUGGGGAGGGGAUAUUUUGAAGAAUAAAGAUUGUUUUUUUUUAAAGCAGUAUUUUUAGUUGUGCUAAUAUAGAUUUAUGGGAAUGUAUGUGCACUGCAAAUUUAACAUUGUUGACUAUAUUAGCUCUUUGUUUAGUCUUAUGACAUAUUUUGUGCAUGCUGAAAUACAUAUCUAAUGUUUAAUAUGAAAUGAAGCAAUAAAAUGAACAGAAAAUUUAACGUGCAACGUGAUAGAGUUUUAAAUCCUUCUGACUGGUACUGUAUACCUGUAACGGAAACAACUAACAAAAAAUCAUGUAUGUAUUCCAUUUCAAUAUGUGUGUUAACUCUUCACAAGAAGGAAUACAUCAUAGGGGAGUAAGGCCAUGCUUUGAUAUACUUACUGUACCACAAGAUAUUACAGAGAUAGAUAAAAUACAAAAAGAGGAAAGCAAAAGAGCAGUCAGGCACAAAUAGAUGAUAAGUAUAUAAGAAAUAUAUCAAUGGACCAGAGAUGGAACAGAAAGUGGUGAGUCAGACUAAAGUCAUGGAAGUUCUAGCCUUAGACUUAAAAGCAGACAUUGCAGAUCAUGAGAUUGGCUCUGUGUAAUGGAAACGAAAAUUCUCUAGGCUGGACUGCUUGAAUCCAAAAUAGCAAUGAUGCCCCUUAGCUAGUAAAAAGGAGGGGGACUUGCAUAAAAAUCCUGCCCACCAAUUCCUGUGGCUAUGACUCAUUGUAAGUUGCAGAGCACAGGAGAAAGAUGAACACAGAUUCUGGCUUCAGGCAACAAACACUGAGCCCCUCAGACUUGAAAUGUGAUAUUCAGAAUACACUGCUAUGCAGGACCCAAAACACCAUUGGAAGACCUAGGUAUGGCCUAAGACUUGGAGUCAGAUAGAAACAAUUUCAGAACAAUUAAAGACAGAGCAUUGAACCCAGGAGGGAGGAAGAGACGGAGAGAGAAUAGAAGAGAAAGAAAGGGGAAAAAAAUGUUUUUUAAUCUUUCACUUAAAUAUGCAAAUAAAAAUUAUAAAAUGAACAAAUCUAAUGCUAAGAAGAACAGCAACAUCAUCAACCACAGCAUUAAUUUACACCGGAUGAAAUAAAUUGAACCAAGUGAUCUAAGUUAACAUUAGCAGUAAUGGGACAAAGAUAUCCUGUGCCUCUGGAUACAAUACACUGAGGAGGACAUAACACUAUGUCUGUAGUUUUCCUGCCAAAAACCACAUGAUCGGAAUCUAAUCAUGAAAAAAAAAUUAGACAAACCCAAAUGAGGGACUUUCUAAAAAAAUGACUGGCCAUUACUUUUCAAAAGCAUAAAGUCAGGAAAGAUAAAGACUGAGGGACUGCUCCAGAUUACAUGCAACUGAAGAGGCAUAACUAAAUGCAAUGCGUGAUCUGGAUUGGAUCCUAGACCAGAAAAAAAAAAAUAGCUUGCUAUAGAAAUACAUGAUUGAGAAAACUGGCAAAUUUUGACCAAGAUCUGUUAAUUAGAUAAUAGUACUAUAUUGAUGACAAUUUUCUAAGUUUGAUAAUUAUGUUUCUAUAAUGG